AUGGGAGUUGAAGAUGAUGCCAACAGUUUUGCCUUGGGCACGAUCCAUCAGGUCGAAAACGAUGGAAAUAGCUACCAUACGCCAACGCGAACUAGCAGUCUUCUGUUUUGUGGGUCAAGAUAUGAUCCCGAGUGUGAUCCUAACUUACAACCCGUAAUUGGUAUGCAAUUUGAUACCUGGGAGGAAGGUACAGAAUGGAGCAGAGCAAAGGAAGAAGGCGAUGGAUAUUGGCAGGACUGCUUUGCGCAGAUGAAUAACUUUGCAAGGUCCAUUGUGUGA